AUUGAAUCUCGUCCAUCCGAAAUCCUUAUCCUUAUCUGUGACCCGCUGACACCGCGAAGCGAAUCCGAUACUACACAAACCCGAAAUCUAUUUACAAAUACGGUCGGGUCCAACAUACGCAAUGUCAGCAUGUCUACCGGAAGUGGUGCAAAAAAGCCUGGAGAGGAUAGUCGGGAAUGGAGAAAUCCGACUUAUGAAAAAGUCCAAUAGCGAGAUCGGGUGCUCGUGUAACGUGGUAGCGGAAGGAGAUGAAAACGAGGAACUUGCCAGUUUGUACGUGAAGUAUCUGGAUUUCGGGCUCAAGUUUAGUGAUGAAAGUCUCGUGUAUUUCAACAACGAGACGAUUUUUUACGGGGAGAUCGUGCCGUUGUUCGAGAAGGUGGUGGAAAAUUUAACAGGCACUCAAUCUGAAUUAGCACUGGAUUUCGUACCAAAAUGCUCCGAAGUAGGGCACCUUACUGACAAAACAGAACCGUACAUCAUAAUGGAGGACCUAUUCAGCAAAGGGUAUUCUCCAUUCGAAGAAAAGGAAUUGACUGUAGGAGAAGCUAGAAUGGUAGUGGAGGAGCUUGGAAAGUUCCAUGCAUUUUCUUUUGCAGCUAGAGAGAGAUAUCCAGCGGAGUUUAUCGAAAUGACUGGGAGACUGACAGAAGUAUUAUUCAGCAAAGAGACUCGAUUUGCCUCCGGCAGAUUUUUUAUCCACGCCAUCCACGACGCUUUAAAGCUAGCUAAGCAAUCAUUUCCCACAAACAGUGUUUACGUCGAAAAGCUCGCUUUGUAUACACUCAACGUCUUUGACACGAUGAUUGAAAUACUGGAGGGCAACGAAGAUGAUUAUAACUUCAAGGUGGUAACACAUGGUGACCUAUGGCCAAACAAUGUCCUUUACAAUCGAAACGAUGAGGGAAAGAUCGCCUUUCUGGACUUCCACGCCUGCAGACUGUCAUCUCCCGUUCAUGACCUACAACUACUGCUUUUGGUAGGACUGGAUACUUCUACCAGAAGACGUCAUGGUUCUGAUCUCAUAUUGAGCUACCACAGAGCGCUGUGCCGACACCUAGAGUUUCUCGGAUUAGACCCCAUCAGGACUUUUCCAUAUUCAGCCUUAGAACGCCAACUAGCCGACCAAUCCCGUUUCGCCAUGGGCGUAGCCUUAGCAGGGUUGCCACUUUUCCUAGCAGAAGAAGCAACUACUAAAGCGGCAGCAGCCAAGGCCCGGAAUGUAGAAGAACUGUUCAAAGUACUCAGAGAUAACAAAUCCACAAGGUGCAAGUCGAAAAUGCUCGAAAUACUUGUCGAUAUGGUCGAUCAGGAAUAUUUGUGAAAUAAUUUUAUACUUUUUUACAUACGUCGCGAAUAUAGUUUUUUACACAUCUA